AGCCUGCCCCACCCACUCUGUGCCACAAACUGGGAGAAGUGUGGGGAGGCAGCAGCAUGAAUGGGGGCCACUGUGGUGCACCUGGUGCCAGGAGCCCUGUGCUUGCAUCCUGCUCCCUGCAGAAGAUGUGCUCCUGGAUGCUGAGCUGUUGCUUAGCCCUUCAGCACCUAGCCGUGCAGGCCUCCUUGCUCUGCAUCUUCCACCUCCUCCUGCUGCCCACCCUGCCUGAGGAGCCAUCCCACACCCAGGCCACCGGUGAACUGCUGGCGCGCAGCCUCUUUGCCUGUGGCAUCUCCACGGUGCUGCAGACCACCCUGGGGAGCCGGCUGCCACUGGUUCAAAUCCCAUCGUUCGAGUACCUGAUCCCUGCCAUAGUGCUGAGUUCCCACCUGUCCCUUGGUGCCACUGUGGACAGGAAUGGCACAGCCAUGGUCAGCAUGUGCCCUACACCACACUGCACUGUUGCAGGGGGCCGAGCUGCCUCGCUGCAAGAGGUCUCUGGAGCCGUGCUGGUCUCUGGGCUGUUUCAGCUGGUGCUGGGAGUGUCCGGUGUGUGCGGGUGGGCAGCCCAGCACUGUGGGCCCAUGGUCCUGGCCCCCAGCCUCUCCAUCAUUGGGCUGUCUGCAUACAAGGAGGCUGCUUUUUUCUGCUCCACUAACUGGGGGGUAGCACUGCUGUUCAUGGUCCUUGCUGUUACCUUCUCCCAGCACGUGGGAUCCUGUCGCCUGCCCUUCUGUGCCUGGCCCCAGGCUUGGGGGGUCUGCAUGGGGCUGUCUGUCCCCACCCUUCGCAUGUUCUCGGUACUGCUUCCAUUUGCUGGUGUCGGCACCCUCUGUGCCAUCCUCAGCCACCUCCACAUCCCCUGGGAAUCACUGGACCUGGACAUGGCACAGCUGUCCUGGGCUAACAGCACCUUUCAUGCCCCUUGGGUCCGCAUCCCCUAUGCAGGUGAGUGGGGGUGGCCACUGCUCACCCCUCGGGCAUUGGCAGUGGGCAUCGCCAUGGCCAUCAGCUGCAGCGUGAACUCAGUGGGCUGCUACGUGCUGUGCGGGAGGCUGCUGCGAGCUCCCCAGCUGCCCCCCUAUGCCUGCAACCGGGGGCUCUGCACAGAAGGGCUGGGCAGCCUCUUGGCAGGGCUGCUGGGCACCCCGGGAGGCACGGCUGCCAGCAUCGCCAACGCCUGUGCCACUGGCCUCACACAGGCUGGAUCUCGCCUCUCAGUGCAAGUAAGCGCACUGGUGUGCGUGGUGCUGGGCAUGUCCCCGAGGCUGGCAGGGCUUCUCACCCGCAUCCCACUGGCUGUUCAUGGAGGGGUGCUUUGUGUCACCUACGCCGUGGCUGUGGGUAUGGGCAUCUCCUACUUCCAGUAUGUGGACAUUGACUCAGGAAGGAACAUCUUCAUCGUCGGUUUCACCAUGUUCAUGGCGCUGCUGGUGCCGCGGUGGUUCAGUGCAGCUCCAGCUCACCUGGCCACAGGCUGGGUGCCCCUGGACCUCCUCUUCCUCUCCCUGCUCAUGGUGCCUGUCUUCUUAACUGGCUUCUUGUCAUUUUUCCUGGAGAACACUGUCUCAGGAACCCUGGAGGAGCGAGGGCUGCUCUCAGAGCUGGUGCUGUGGAAAGCCAGGACAGGCAGUUGCCACUCCAAUGGAGAGAGAGGAGAAGCCAGCCAGGCAUAUGGGCUCCCUGGGCUGAAGAGGCUGCUGCCAUCUUCCUGCAAAGCCUUCCCCUGCUGCUUCCUCUGCCUAGGGAGUGAGGAAGAGGAGGAGAAGGAGGAAGAAGAGGAGGGCAGCCAUGCCACAGAGGUGGGCACUGCUGCCCCAGGAGAAGGGACACACCUGCUCCCCAAACCUGGCUCAGGGGAGCCGCAGCUGGCCAGGAGGCUGAGUGAGAUGGAGAUGCCUGCAUGGCACACCAUGGCUUGACCCCAUGGCAUGGUGACACCUCAUGGGGCAAUGGGGCUGUGCCCCCAAGGCAGCUUGCAAGCCACUUUGUUCCUUGUUUCUGAAGCCCCCAUGGACUGGAGGGACCUGUGCUUCCACGCUCCCAGCACAAAUCCCAUUUCCCUGCUUGGGAGCAAGCUAUAAAAACUUUCAACCAA